ACGCCUUCAUCGCAGUGGAUUUAUACAAGAGGGUGAUAUGGUUCGUCUUAAUGCUUUUCAACGUGGUCAAGAGAUCCCUGAGUCUAUUGCAUCAUACUGUCUAAAUACAGAUAGUCUGUUAUUAGCAGCGCAUUAUCGAAUCAUCAUCAGUACCUGCAGUACAUCUGGUCAGCUGUUUUCUCUUGGACUUCGAGCUGGUCACUUUACUCACGUGUUUAUUGAUGAAGCGGGCCAAGCAACCGAGCCUGAAUGUUUGGUACCCAUGGGGCUUGCAGCUGGAGGGGAGGGACAGAUAAUUCUGGCUGGUGAUCCCCACCAGCUUGGCCCAGUCCUCCGCUCGUCUGUCGCAAUAGAUUAUGGUCUCAAUAUGUCACUUCUAGAACGACUCAUGUCCAGACCCCUCUAUGCCCGUGAUGAGUCUCGGUUCGUUGAUCAUGGUUGCUAUGAUCCUCUAUUGGUUACCAAGCUCGUGAACAACUAUCGUUCUCACCCCUCCCUACUGUAUCUUCCUUCUGCCUUGUUCUAUCAUGGUGAACUUAGGGUAUUUGCCGAUCAAAAGAUGCGAGAGAGUUUGAGUAACUUUGAGAUGUUACCAAAGAAUGGUGUACCUUUAGUAUUUCAUGGMAUUCAGGGUGAUGACCUUCGUGAAGGGAAUAGUCCAUCGUGGUUUAAUCCAGCUGAAGCAGUACAAGYCAUACGUUACAUACAAGGUCUAAAAAACAGCUCAACAGCACGUGUCAAGUCAACUGAUAUUGGUGUUGUUACCCCUUAUAAGAAGCAGGUGGAGAAGAUAAGAAUGCUUUUAAAGAGUGUGUCAGUUGAUGAUAUCAAGGUUGGAUCCGUGGAAGAGUUCCAGGGACAGGAGAGACCUGUUAUCAUUAUAUCAACUGUUCGCUCUGACCAAUCACACGUAGCUUCCGACGUCAUUCACAGCAUUGGUUUCCUUAGCAACCCGAAGCGCUUCAACGUAUCAAUAACUAGAGCCCAAUGCCUUCUGAUUGUUAUUGGCAACCCACACGUUCUUUGYCAGGACCCGUACUGGUGCAGUCUUUUGAAUUACUGUGUUAUGAAUGAUGUCUAUACUGGAUGUGAUUUGCCAGAUCUGAAUGACGGUCUUUACCAGGAGGAGUUCCAUUUCGCAAUGGAUGUUUUGAGUCGAAUAGUCCAGAACAAGGAAACUGMUAAAGUUYCCAAUCAAGAAAACCUUAAARAAGAUCAGCUACAGUCUGCUGGUGAAAUCCAUGGUUCUACCACCAUCAGUAGCGACUUCAACAACCUCACUCACAACUUGGGHAAUCAGAAACUCCAUCAAAAUGAUUUGUGUGGAAAUGAUGUGRACAAUGAAACCAAUGGAARCAUUGUGAAUUCAACGACAUUAAGUUCAAAUGACACAAAAGAAUCUUUGGAUUUUAAGACAAAGAAAUUGUUUGACAAUUCUUCARACGKUGAUUCGAAAAGCUUAGAAGAGAAGCCUGUAUCUAAAGUAGUUGAUGAAAAUCAGUGCAAUGAAGAAGUUAGUGGAGUAUUAUCAGAUAACGUUAGUCAUGAAGCCCUGGCAGUUUUAGAUUCAGUCGCCCCAUCUCAGAAUACCAUAACUUGUGAGCCAGAGAUCGUUCCAGAUUUAACUGUCCAGCAGUGCUCAACAUCCUUAACCUUUGGUUACAAUGAAAAUGAGUAUUGCCAUGGAAACUGUGACGUCAGCGUAAYCAAAGAAACUAUGACGUCAAAGCAAAGUGCUGAAUCUCAGGAUUCUUCUGGGUCCCUCAAGAAAUGUUACCAUGAAAACUAUGACGUCACAGCAAACAGAGAAACCAUGACGUCAAGACGAAGUGCAGAUGGACUAAAAAUGCUCUUGGGUAUUGAGCAUAGGGAUGGAAACGAUCAAGGUUCUCAAAUUGAGGUGUCAAGUUUCGAUAAAGCUUCAAACAUGUCUGGUUUUGAACAAAGCGAACAAGGGAGCGAUAGUAAUAUAUCGUCAGAAUGUAGCUCUGAACAUCUCAAAAAGUUAUUAGGUAUUUSUUCGCCUCAGGAUAACAAAUUUGAAAGYGGUGGUAAMKMAAAAGMAAAUAAAAAACAAAAGUAUCGGAAAUCUUCCAAAGGAAGUGAAAACAAGCAUGAAAGAGAACCAAGGAUUCGACGCUCUUCGGAUAAAACCAGAAACAAUUCAGAAGACACUCAUUUCAAUAGGCCAUCAAGAAAUAAAAGAAAUCGCUCAAAAAGCGAACCCAUGAAUUUACACGAAAGAAGUCAUAGCACGAAKUCAAAAGAUUCAAUUCAUGUAGGCCGUAGUGCAGAAAACUCGGCUUGUACUCGUGUGGUUUGUGACAAAAAGACUACCACUUYUGGGUUGCCUUUGGAUGGUAGCUACGAGAAGGGUGAUGAUGACGASGAUGAUCUUGAGGAGUUUUUCUUCAGACCGUUUACUAGUCGUUAAAUUUAUACCAAGAAAUGGGUCGCGUUUAUUUUGAACAAUUAAUUGUAUACAGAGUGGUUUCCCCAAGCCCGUGAAACGAAGAGUACCUGAUUUAAGUCGUUUACAAUCGACGCAAAGCCGUGUAAAUAGUACAAAAUAGUCUAAACUAUAUUUCACGGGUUUGUGGAAGCCACUAACCAAAGAAAUGAGAUUUAUAAAUGUGGUAUAUUUUUGUAUUUAUUUGUUGGUUGAUAAAUAAAGACAUGUUAGGAGUCUGAGUAGAUUUUAAAAACGCAAAACUUCAACUCAGCGAUUUUCACGUAGUUUUUUGGACAUCUGAAUAUUGAUAUUUUCUAAGACUUUUGAUUGAAUGUCAUGAAUAACCACAUGUAGCUACUAAUUUCUCGGAGCAAUUAUUCUUUAUUUGUACCAGUUUUCGUAAUCUAUUGGAAAUUCAAUAAAGUUAUUCAUUUUUUUUC